AUGUGCCAUGUGGCCCCGCAGGUGAUGACGAAGCGAAAUGACCUGGUGGUGGCGCCCGCCGGGGUCACCCUGAAGGAGGCCAACGAGAUCCUGCAGCGCAGCAAGAAAGGGAAACUGCCCAUCGUGAACGACAGCGACGAGCUAGUGGCCAUCAUCGCCCGCACGGACCUGAAGAAGAACCGCGACUACCCGCUGGCCUCCAAGGACUCACGCAAGCAGCUGCUGUGCGGGGCGGCCAUCGGCACCCGCGAGGACGACAAGUACCGGCUCGACCUGCUCACGCAGGCCGGCGUCGACGUGGUGGUGCUGGACUCCUCCCAGGGCAAUUCCGUGUAUCAGAUCGGCAUGAUCCAUUACAUCAAGCAGAAAUACCCCGAGCUGCAGGUGAUCGGUGGGAAUGUGGUGACAGCGGCGCAGGCCAAGAACCUGAUCGACGCGGGGGUGGACGGCCUGCGCGUGGGCAUGGGCUGCGGCUCCAUCUGCAUCACGCAGGAAGUGAUGGCGUGCGGCAGGCCCCAGGGCACGGCGGUGUACAAGGUGGCGGAGUACGCCCGCAGGUUCGGCGUGCCCGUGAUCGCUGAUGGCGGCAUCCAGACCGUGGGGCAUGUGGUGAAGGCGCUGUCUCUAGGAGCCUCUACGGUGAUGAUGGGCUCUCUGCUGGCGGCCACCACGGAGGCUCCGGGCGAGUAUUUCUUCUCGGACGGCGUGAGGCUGAAGAAGUAUCGGGGGAUGGGCUCGCUCGACGCCAUGGAGAAGAGCAGCAGCAGCCAGAAGCGAUACUUCAGCGAAGGGGAUAAGGUGAAGGUGGCGCAGGGCGUCUCCGGCUCCAUCCAGGACAAGGGCUCCAUCCAGAAGUUCGUCCCAUACCUGAUCGCGGGCAUUCAGCACGGCUGCCAGGACAUCGGGGCCAGGAGCCUCUCCAUCCUCCGCUCCAUGAUGUACUCGGGCGAGCUGAAGUUCGAGAAGAGGACCAUGUCGGCCCAGAUCGAAGGCGGCGUCCACGGCCUCCACUCUUACGAGAAGCGGCUAUACUGACGACGGGCUCCGAAGCAGCAGCCAGCGCGCAGCUCCCAACGUCCCUGCCCCGGUCGCCGCCCACUGCGUGUAGCCCAGCCAUCCCCUCCCGGCGCCGGGACAGCGCUCCGACCACGCCGCGCAGGGAUGGAUUUGCACUACGGCCGAGAGCGUCUCGCCUUUGGCCAGGACCUGGCCCUGACUGGACUGCAGCCAGGUCUCCCCAGCGCCUGGGGCAAGGCCCCGGGAACCAGCCCCCCUGGACUGGGCAGAACAGAGAGCAGGGGCUGGAAAGAGCUCGGGGGGGGGGCCCACUGCCGGCUGGGCAGGAGCAUUUCAGCACUUAGCACUGAGCAGUGCCCCCUGCUCCCGCCUGCUGCAUCUUCACGGGCAGCCAGGGCCUGGCUGGAGCCUGCAUCCCCCCACACUCCACCUCCCCUCCACGCAUCCUGCUCCGCUAGACCCCACCGCUGCUGCCCUCCGUGGACACGGCUCCCCCAGCCCCGGGGCGUGGCACGUCCCCUCCCAUCGGUGCUAGUGCUGCAGGGGGGCACAGGCCGGGGGGUCCGGCACUGCCCUGGCCCUGCAGCGGGGCAGUGACGGGAGACACAGGGAUCCUGCUGACAGCCCGGCCUGGCUCCGGACCAGUAGCCCCUGGGCUUGAAGGCAUUUUAUAAACUUGUACAGGAGGCUGAGCCUUGUCUCGGCUAUUAACCCUCUGAUGCCCAGGGGCUGUCUUACCCUGCCCCCAAGGCGGUUUGUUAGUAGGGUCUCUCCAACCUGGACCAAGCCACCUCCCCUCCAGUCCUGGCCUGAAGCUGCCCGGAUUUCUCCCUCUUGUCCCUCUCUGCAGAGCCCCCGGGGUGUCAGCCCACUGCACGCCUGGGCCCCUGCAGCCUGCCCAGCCACAGGGGGACGUCCCUCUGGGGCAGCAGCUGCUCCAGGGUUAGGCAGGGUGGCAGGAGUGACCCCCAAAGCUGGAAUGGGGGCCUGGCCACCCCUCUGCAGCGCAGCCCGGUACUGCAGCCCGCCUCAGGCUCUGCGGGGCUGGGCAGCUUCACUGUUUCUGCCAAACGAGUUUAAAUCUCCUUUUUCUGUCACUGCAGCUACUGGCGAGUCCCGGCCUCUCCCCCUGCAGCACCGACUCCCCUACUCGUUGGAAGGCUUUAACUUUGCACAUUUGGGGUCCAGUGUUUGUAAUUGUGUAUUGAAGAAUAAUAAUAAAGUAAUGCAGCAUCGGG